AAUUACGUGCAAACACCUGGUGUUAUCUUUCGAUGAUAAUAGAUUACCAAAAAAUAGAUCAGAGUGCUGUGUUCUCAUCGGCCGUCAUUCCAACGAUGCAGCGAAAAUAUAUAAUCGUAUUUUUCUUUACUGGUGGUUUGGCCACCCUGUAUUUAAUAAUAGUGUAUAACGAGUGGGAGAUUUUUGCAAUAAAAAGUGUCAAUUACGGGCAUAGAUAUGCCUUUAAUUUUAAUGAAAAUAAUCCGAUCAAAGCUAACGGCAGCUACGAAUCUUCAAGAGUUGCACUACAGCUGCCGAAUGAGGAAAACACCCGUACUGAACAUGGAAGUGCUAUUAAAACUAUUCUGUAUUGGAAUAAGAUGCACGGGGAGCAAGAGAAAUAUUUUUACUUUGGACAUGGAGAUAUAUUUAAAGGAUGCCCAGUGCCACAUUGUUAUGCAACGAAUAAGCGUGAUUAUCAUGAGUCUUUGACAGAUUUUGACGCUAUAUUGUUUCAUGGUGUCGAAAUGGUAAAAGGGGAUAUACCAAAAGUACGUUCUCCGAAUCAGAGAUAUGUAUUCUUCACUUGGGAAUCUGCUGCGUCUAGACCUAUUAAUAAUCAUGUGUUCGAGCUGACGCCAAAUUAUUAUAAUUGGACCAUGGGCUUCCGAAUGGAUUCGGAUAUUCCACGUCCUUACGCUGUGGUUAGGGAUCGAAAUACGAAUGAAAUUGUUGCGCCAAGUUCGAAGGAAGUAUCAUGGCGCGAACCGGAAGACACAUUCUCUGAUCCGGAGCUGGAUAACCUUGUUAAGGAAAAGACCAAGAUGGCUGCUUGGUUUGUUUCGCACUGUAACACAAUAUCAAAGCGCGAUGCAUUAGUGGCGGCUCUUCGAAAGUAUAUACGGGUUGACAUUUAUGGUGCAUGUGGGAGUUAUAAAUGUGACAAAAAUCAAGACUGUUAUGGGAUGCUUGAGAAAGAAUACUAUUUUUAUAUAUCAUUUGAAAAUACAUUGUGCGUCGAUUACGUCACGGAAAAGCUUUAUGAAAUAUUAAAAAGAAAUGUAAUUCCCGUGGUUUAUGGCGGCGCGAAUUACACGCGUUUCGCCCCACCGCGAUCUUACGUCAACGUCGAAGAUUUUAAGAACGCAGAGACACUCGCUGCGUUCUUAAAGAAACUCGCGAGCGAUCCUGCCGAAUAUAGAAAAUAUUUUUGGUGGAAGCGAUAUUACGCUAUUGAAGACUCGAAACAAUCGACACUGUGUAAGUUUUGCGAAAUGCUGCACGAUAAGAAUUUGCCGAGAAAGAGUUUGUUGGAUUUUCGAAAGUAUUACCUUGAUGGUCAGUGCCAUCUUCCGGACCCAAGAUGGUUUCAAAAAUAAUCAAUGACCGAACGUUGUUCAAGUUCCCCUGUGAUAAAAUAGCAUUUAAUGUAUAUGACACAGAAUAAUUAAUAUUUACGAAAGCUUAUAGUAAAUAAAAAGACAAUACAAUUGCCGUAUAA